AUGGCGGAGGAGUUGUUGGCCAACGAGGAGAGGCUAACUCGGUGUGACUCAGCUGAGUCGACCGAGAAAAAGCGAGCCAGGGACGAUUCCGACGACGCGGUUCUUGACUCGCCGGAGGUGAAGAGGUUGAGAGAUGAUUUAUUCGAUGCUCUCGAUGACUCGGAUCCUGAACCGGUGAGUCAAGAUCUCGACUCGGUUAUGAAAAGUUUCGAAGACGAGUUAUCAGCUGCGUCUUCGACGACGGUCACGACGGCGGCGCAUGGCUCCGACGAAACUCAGCCGGAUCUCGGUUAUCUUCUAGAGGCUUCCGAUGACGAGCUCGGUUUGCCACCGCCUCCAACGGUUUCUCCGGUUCCCGUCGUGAAGGAGGAAACGACGGAGACGUUAACGGAUUUGGUACGAGCCUCCUCAGAUUCGUCCGGAAUCGACGAGCUAUGGGGGUUCGAGGACCACGUGCCGAAUUAUGACUCUUUAGAUUUUGGUUCCGGUAUCGAAGACGGUGGAGAUUACGUCGCUGUUGGAGGACUUUUCGAAUUUUCCGACGAUUGUUUUGAUUCCGGUGAUCUAUUUUCGUGGCGGUCGGAGUCUUUACCGGCGGAAUAG